AGACUCUUGGGCUGACAGCGGAUCGGUUCAGUGCCGGUGCCAUGGGGAUCGAUUUCCGCUCGCUAGAGGUGCCCAAAAAGGCGAAGGUGGGGAACUGGCGGCCAAGCUCGAUUAGCUUGGCAGAUGCACAUCAUGGCUUCUGGUCCAAAGUGAUGACCAGGCUUUGCCAAUGUACUUUGCCCUUCAUGUUUCUUCUCCAUUGCUUUGGCGCAGUGAAUUUGGACACCAUGGUGGCCCAAACUUGGCAAGAGCUGCAUUCGUGGCCAGCGCUACACUGGGCGAUGAUAGAAGCACUGGUUGCGGCAGUAUCAUUCGUGGGUUGGAUCUCCUGGUUCUUUUUGCUGAAUGAGAUUCCAUCAAUGAAAGGCUAUCGUAUGGUGGUGCGGGAGGAGUCGCACCCCAUCGGCACCCACUGCAUGACCGACAGGACGAAGCACAGAGUAUGGGCAUCCUUCCCAGUGUAUGUCCUGUCCAUCUUUGCCCUUCAUCUUGUGAAGUCGGCCCCAAAGGUGCAGAGCGAAGCUCCAUCCACCUUGCGACUCUUUUCGGAGUUGAUCCUGGGAAUUUGGGCUUAUGACUUCAUUUUCUAUUGGCUUCAUCUGGCCAUGCACAAAUUCCCCAACUCUUGGCACAAGCAUGAGAUCCAUCACGAGCUCAAGGUCCAGGAUUUGAACGGAGAAUGUCCUUGUGGUGGCCAUUUCAUAUUGCACAUCUGAGCGAAGGUGCAUCCCAUCUGUGGGACCAGCUUCCUUGCCCCAGAGCUGGUGGUGAAUCAAUCAUUGGAAGAUGGAACCAUGCAAGUCCUCAUCAACAUUCUCGUCCAAAACCUCCCGCUUUUUGCAGGUUUGCCCAAACACAAGAUGAGCCGCUUGCUUCACAACAUCUUGGUAACCUAUCUCCUCUCGGAAGCACAUUCAGGCUUGGAUCUACCAUGGUCAACGCAUCGCCUUUGUCCCAAGAUUCUGGGUGGUGCCUAUCGCCAUGAGUUCCAUCACCACCGGAGAGACUGUUGCUUCCAUCAAUUCUUUUGCUAUUUGGACGAUCUUCUUGGCUAUGGCCCGCCCAAAACUCGAUAGAUUCUUCACGACACCUUGUAGCGCAUUGACCAGCCACAGAAUUGACCAAGUCAUGAGAGGUGUGCUGUGAUUUGUGUCGGACUUUGCUCGUAUUGAGUUUUAUUGAAUUUGUGGCAUGUUCUGUACUGCGAGGAUAUCGCAUGCUGCAGUACUGCGAGGAUAUCGCAUGCAACAACUCGAGCCAGCAUGCCAAAGCUGCUGGCUCACAGUUGGUCUUACUGCCUAAAGUAUCUUCAGACGAUGCUUUGUGGUCCAAAAGCAUCCGCAAACUGGUGGAAACACUGGAAUCAUCCAUCGUGCUCGGACACAGAGGUGGAGAUGAGACUGACCACCUGUAGUGGGUGUUUUUCACCUCACGGCAAAUCCUGCACGGCUAUGCCUUGCAUCCCAGGCAGCAGAAGAACGUGGCUG